AUGGCCGGCUGGGGCAGCUCCAGCUUCUAUGGUGGGCGCAAGAGUCACGUGCUUUUGGAGGCCACCAUUCCGAUUGUUUCGGAAGACGCCUGUCGGAAAAUAUACGAGGCCAACGUCGAUCCAGUUAUGUUGUCUACCUACUUCCCUGGAGGAUUUCUGAAGUCCACAAAGCUGUGUGCUGGCACUGAACAGGGAGACAUGGACGUCUGCUCGGGUGACUCAGGCGGUCCCAUGGUGCUGCAGCAGAAGGACGGCAGCUUUGUGUUGGUGGGCGUCGUCUCGCUCGGCUUAUACGACUGUGGCGUGCCCGGGAUACCCAGUAUCUACUCUCGGGUCAGCGCCUACCUGCAGUGGAUUGCCGGCGUCAUACGGGGCUCCAGCAGAGCCGCAGAGCUGAUCAGAGCGCUGCUCACCAAAUCACAGUGCGUGCCGUCUACCGGUGCCGGGCGGACGUGUCUCUCCCCCUGCGCCGUCGACACCGACACCGACGACGACGACGACGACGAGGAGGCGGCAACGACGUGCCAGUGGUGA